GUCUUAAGUGCUUGCGUGAUGACGUAGGUGGCGGGAGUUGUUACGCACAGGUUUCUGUUUUCAACUCGGCGCGGGAGAUCCGGCUGGAGGAAAGUUUCUAGUUUGUCUAAAUGCCUUGUGAACGGAAGCCGAUGCGCUACGGCCACUCGGAGGGACACACCGAGGUCUGCUUCGAUGACACUGGCAAGUACAUUGUGACUUGUGGUAACGAUGGAGAUGUUCGGAUUUGGGAAGGUCUGGAUGAUGAUGAUCCGAGGUUCAUCACGGUUGGAGAAAAAGCGUACUCUUUGGCUCUCAAGAAUGGUAAACUGGUGACGGCAAGCUCCAACAACACAGUCCAGAUCCACACGUUUCCAGACGGAGAUCCAGAUGGGAUCCUGACGCGGUUCACCACCCACGCCACGCAUGUCACUUUCAACAGCAACGGCUCGAAAGUCGCUUCCGGAUCCAGUGACUUCAUGGUGAAGGUGGUGGAGGUGUUGGACAGCAGCCAGCAGAAAACGCUGCGGGGACACGAAGCGCCAGUCCUCAGCGUCUCCUUUGACCCCAAAGAUGAGUUCUUGGCCUCCUCCAGCUGUGACGGCUCUGUCGUGGUGUGGAACAUAAAGGAACAGACCCAGGUGGUCAGCUGGCCUCUGCUGCAGAAAACGAAUGAUGUCAGCAACGCCAAGUCUCUGUGUCGGUUAGCGUUUCAGCCCGCAGUGGGGAAGGUUUUAGCAGUUCCUGUUGAAACCAAAGUACACCUGUAUGGGCGGGGCUCCUGGGACCACGUCGGCACUCUCUCUGAUGAUCUACUCGCACAGCCUGUCAACGUGUUGUCCUGGUCCCCGUGUGGACGCCUCCUGGCAGCUGGCAGCGUUGGGGGUUUGUUGACAGUGUGGGACGUCAGCACCAAGCUGUGUUUGGAGAGGCAGAAGCACGAGAAAGGCUUCACCAUUUGCAGUUUGGCCUGGAAUCCAUCCGGCAGCCAGAUCGCCUACACCGACACGGAGGGCUGCCUGGGCCUGCUGGACGGGAUCAGCUCCUCCAGCACCGGCAAGGCACCAGUAUCAAAGCCAGCUACAGACUAUGAUGCCCUGUUUGAUGAUGAUGAUGACAGGCUUAUGGAUGAAGGUUUGAGCGACACCAGCUCACCUGGUAAGAAGCCUGUCGUUGCCAGGGACGACGGCGAUGAUGACGACGACUUCCUGGUUCCGUCGACCGGCCGGGUGAGGAAGAGGGGAGCCUUCCUGGAUGAUGAGAACUCGCUAGACACAGGUUCUCUGAAGCUGGGUCAGGAUAGAUUUGGAGACGAUGAUGGCGCCGGCAGCACCAUGGCACCUGAAGCUGCUCCUUCGGUGCCCCUCCGCCCCGUCUACGAGGGCCCAAUGCCAACCCCGCCCCAGAAGGCCUUUCAGCCCGGCUCUACGCCAGCGCACCUCACACACCGCUUCAUGAUGUGGAACUCUGUGGGGAUCGUGCGAGGCUACAACGAUGAGCAGGACAACGCCAUUGACGUAGAGUUCCACGACACAGCUGUGCACCACGCCAUGCACCUCACCAACUCUCUGGGUCACACCAUGGCGGACCUGUCCCAGGAGGCCGUGCUGCUGGCCUGCCCAGGCACGGAGGAGCUUGCCAGUAAGCUGCAGUGCCUCCACUUCUCAUCAUGGGACACCAACAAGGAGUGGCUUGUGGACUUGCCGAAUGGCGAGGACGUGAAGGCGCUGUGUCUGGGGCAGGGCUGGGCGGCGGUGGCCACCAGCGCUCUGACGCUCAGGCUCUUCUCCAUCGGAGGCCUCCAGAGAGAGCUCUUCAGCUUGCCAGGGCCGGUGGUGUGCAUGUCAGGGCACGGAGAGCAGCUGCUCAUCGUCUACCAUCGAGCCACCGGUUUUGAUGGUGAACAGGCUCUGGGCGUUCAGCUUCUGCAGCUCAGUCACAAGAAGAGACAGCUGAUCAGCGGAGAGCCCCUCCCACUGUCUCGCAGGUCCUACCUGUCCUGGCUCGGGUUCACGGCCGAAGGCACCCCGUGCUAUGUGGAUUCAGACGGGGUGGUACGGAUGCUGAACCGCUCACUGGGAAACACGUGGACCCCGGUCUGUAACACCAGAGAGACCUGCAAAAGCAAAUCGGAUCACUACUGGGUGGUCGGAGUCCACGAGAACCCUCAGCAGCUCAGGUGUAUCCCGUGUAAAGGCUCCAGGUAUCCUCCCACUCUGCCUCGGCCCGCCGUCGCCAUCCUUCCCUUUAAGCUUCCUUUGUGCCAGACCACCACAGAAAAAGGACAAAUGGAGGAGCAGUUCUGGCGUUCGAUCCUCUUCCACAACCACCACAGCUUCCUGUCCUCCAGCGGCUACGAGGUGGACGAGGAGUCUCGGAGCCAGUCGCAGAAGGAGCAGCAGGAGCUGCUGAUGAAGAUGUUUGCACUGUCCUGCAAACUGGAUCGAGAGUUCCGCUGUGUGGAGCUGGCCGACCUGAUGACCCAGAACGCCGUGACUCUGGCCAUUCGCUACGCGUCCCGGUCCAGACGACUGGCCCUCGCCCAGCGACUCAGUCAGAUCGCUCUGGAAAAGUCUAACCAGGUCCAGGAGGAUGAAGCAGAGGAGCAGGAAGAGGAGCAGGACUAUUCCAGUGUUAGACAGACCUCUGGGUUUGGUCAGACUGGGCCCACGGCCGCCAGGUUCAGGCAGACAGAGGCAGAGGAGGAACUGGGAGAAGAUGAGGAAGAGGAGGGAGGGGAGACGGAGGAGGCAACAGAGCCCAGAAAACGUUCUAAUCCGUUCGCUAAAGAACCGGGUUCACCUGUGAGACCGUCGCCGACCCCAGUUAGUAAAGCUGGACGAGCAAAUCCUUUCAAGGUUGCUGGUUCUGGCAAAACCACGUCUUCAUCUGGUCAGCCUCGAGUGACAAACAUCCUGGACAACAUGACAUCCAGCAGGAAGUCUGCUACCCUCAGCGGGCCUGCAGGGCGACAGAAUAAACCCCCCGUCCUCAAACCGCUGGCGCCCAGGGCCAAAUCCAAGAAUCAGUCCACUCUGUUUCAGAUGACUGGUACCAAGACGACUCAUCAGAAGACCCAGGAGAACCCAGAACCAGCUGCAGAUCAGCAGAAACAAGCAGACGUCCCACCUCCAACCUCACCUGCAGAAAACGCUGAAAACAAGAGGCCAAAGACGGGCUUCCAGCUGUGGCUGGAGGAGAACAGGAAGAGCAUCUUGGCUGAUAAUCCAGACCUGGAUGAGUCAGACGUCAUUAAGGAAGCGAUGGGACAAUUCAGGACGCUGACCGCAGAUGAGCGACUGUCGUGGACAGAAAGAGCAAAAGGACAAACCGGCGAAGUGGCAGAGAUGAAGAAAAGGAAGAGAACAGAAGGAGGUGUGGAGAAUGAAGGGACAGAAGAUGAUGAAAACAACGCAAAGAAGAAAAACCUGGACGCCGCCUCAAAGCUUUCUGCAUUUGCAUUCAGCAAAGACUAAAUACUUGUUCAGGUUGGUGUUUAGGGGUUCUCAGGAGAACCUGGUUUAAUGAUGAAUCGGGGACGGACUUCAAGCUUCUGCUGCUUCUGGUUCUUCUCUUAUUAAAUGUCUUUUCUGUAUUGUAACCAUUUAAUAAAUGUUUAUGUUCAGAUUUAA